GUGUAGAGUGUGUGUGGUCGUAAAAAUUUUCACCACAUUCCGAGCAGGCGAGAACGUUCCGGAUGUAUUCUGCACGGGAUCGGGCGGAAGCAGUGACAGCAGCAGCAGCAGCAUCAAACCACGGCCCAUGGUGACGCUCAGGAGAGGCAAGGCGGCCGUGCUCGCAAAUCAUUCUGAUUCGGUGGCUGACAGCUUCCCGUUUUUGCACCGCUGCCGCAGUGUGUGGGAAAAAAGAGCCACUUGUUUAGGCUUCCCGCGAGCGCUUUCCACCUUCCGCCGCAGAUCGCAGUAGACGUUUCCCCCCUUUUCUCCUCGUUGCUCGGAGUGUUUGGUCCGUUUUAGUUGCCUCCCUUUCCCCGCGGUUUCCGUUUCGUGUUUGUUUCGUGCGGCGUUACGUUGCCUGAGCCAUCGGUUCGUCCGGAAAUCCCAACAAUCCGGGCCGCCACGAGGGCUGUGAACGGUGGGAAGAAAGGAUCGGAAAAGUACCAAAACCAGCAGCAGCAGCAGCAGCAGCAUCGGCAGCAUUAGCACAGUUGCAUAAGCCUAGAGGAGGACCAAUCCCUACAAUUCUUUUUGUUUUCGUCGAAGCCCUGCGCUCACCUCCUCCGUAAUCCUCCGGUGGGGGCAGAAUAUUAUUAUUGUUCCGUGGCUCUCCGUCUUACGCGAGGGGAGGGAUUGCAGAAAAAUCGCGAAAUACGGUGCGAGUGCGCGAAGGCAAGUAACGAAAGACAGGCAGGGAAGAGAGUUUGCCAAGACAAAAACAAUAGUGCGCGAGUGCAAACGAGAUAGAGUGCGCGCGAGCGAGAGAGAGAUUGAAGAAUAGAGAGAGAGUGAGAGGGGUAGCCGAAAGAUUGAGAGCAAAAGAGUGAGAAGAGAGCAAUCGGUUCAUUGUGGUGCGUGUGUGUGUGUGAGUUUGUGCGCGAGUGUGCUGUGUUAGAACAGGCGAGAGCAAUAAUACGGGUGUGUAUCGGAGGAGUGUACUGAGGAAAGGGGCGGGUGCGUGCGUGUGCGUGCGUGCGUGCGUGCGGUAAGCUAGUGUGCAGUGAUUCCGGCAAGCGACGGCAGACGUUACAGCAAGCAGACAAGCGAUGAACAUAAAACCCGACACGAACCGACACGUACUGACGAUACAGGCGAAGAAGAAGCGUCAUAAGACGGCGAAGAAGAAGGCGAAACAGCAGGCGACGGCAGUGGUGGCGGCGGCAGCAGCGCAGGCGGCGGCGCAGGCAGCGGCGCAGAACAGCAAUAGUUACAGCAGGAGCGGCCAGAAUCACCAGUCGGCCGCAACGGCGGGCUCCAUUGGCGGUGGUGCCUUCGUGGGCGGCGGGUCAGAACUGCACGAGCACGACGACGACGACGACCAUGACGACAUGAUCCUGGGCACGACGUCGGGCGCAGCAGCGGCGGGCAUGACUGGCGGCGGCGGUGGCGGUGGCGGUGGAUCGGCGAUGAACGACAGUCAGCAUUCGGUGUCGUCGGGCGGGCCAGCGGAGCUGGUCGGGCGGCGCGGUUCGAAAUCGGCGGGCCAGCCGCAUCACCACCUGGACACGACCACCAGCUCGUCGAACGAGACGAUCGAGCAGGACGGGGACCGGGACGCGGACGGCUACACCAGCGAGGAGGAGGAGCAGGAGUGCCGGGAGGACUACUGCCGCGGCGGUUACCAUCCGGUGAAGCUGGGCGACCUGUUUCUGCAGCGCUACCACGUGAUCCGGAAGCUGGGCUGGGGCCACUUCUCGACCGUGUGGCUCAGCUGGGACCUGGAGGAGAAGCGGUACGUGGCGCUGAAGAUCGUCAAGUCGGCGCAGCACUUCAGCGACACGGCCAAGGACGAGAUACACAUCCUGAAGUCGAUCACGAACGCGGACCCGGCCGACCCGAAGCGGAACAAGGUGGUGCAGCUGCUGAACGACUUCCGGAUAACGGGCGUGAACGGCACGCACAUCUGCAUGGUGUUCGAGGUGCUCGGGCACAAUCUGCUGAAGCUGAUCAUGAAGUCGAACUACCGGGGCAUCCCGCUGGCGAACGUCAAGUCCAUCAUCCGGCAGGUGCUGGAGGGGCUGGACUACCUGCACACCAAGUGCAAGAUCAUCCACACCGACAUCAAGCCGGAGAACGUGCUGGUGUGCGUGAACGAGAGCUACGUGCGAAAGCUGGCCUGCGAGGCGACGGAGAUGCACGCGAUGGGCUGCAAGCUGCCGAUCUCGCUCAUCUCGGCUGCGCCGCCCCAGUUCCAGGAGCAGCCGAUGAGCCAGAACAUGAGCAAGGCGAAGAAGAAGAAGCUGAAGCGAAAGGCGAAGAUGCAGCACGAGCUGAUCCGGCAGCAGAUGGAGCACAUCCAGCAGCUCGAGUUUGGCGCCCCGGUAGCGGUCGAUGGCGCCUCCUCCGGCAGUGGGGGGCCGGCGGCCGGUCUGCCGCUGGAAAAUGGAACUGCGGAGGGCAUGGAGUCCGGCAAGCCGUUGUUGGCACUGGCCGCGGAAGGUGCUGGUGGUGGUGGUGCGACACUGAAGGGUGUUACGACUGCGGGCAGCAACACAGCCGCAGGUACGGGUACGCCCAACUCGCCGCUGGAAAGGAAAGAGGCGGGCGGAGAGGCGCGGCGAUUGCUAGUGAAUGGUACGGCAGAGGCAACGACUACUGCUGGUGGUAAAGAGUGUGUCGCGGAGGCCGGUACGCCUUCGUCAGGCGAUGAGGAUCGGCCAACCCUGACACCGUCCGCAUCGACGCUUUCCAGCCCAUCGAGUAGCGAGGCGGCCUCGUCGAACAACAAUGACGACGUGCCGGGCGACCGGAAAUCGCCCACGGCCCGCGUGCACGACGGGGACGAGCGGCGGGAGCGCGACGCGAAAUCGCCCGAGAAGCCUUCCUCCUCGUCGCUCGUCACGUCGUCGUCCAAGCUGGACAUCAGCGAGUCGGUGCGGAAGAUACUGUCGUCGGUGCAGGAAAGCAAGGAUGCGGCGUUCGAGGUGUGCGACAUCGACGUGAAGAUAGCCGACCUGGGCAACGCGUGCUGGGUGGACAAACACUUCACCGAGGAUAUCCAGACGCGCCAGUACCGGUCGCUGGAGGUCAUCAUCGGCGCCGGGUACGACACGUCGGCGGACAUCUGGAGUACGGCCUGCAUGGCGUUCGAGCUGGCCACCGGCGACUACCUGUUCGAGCCGUUCUCGGGCAAGGACUACUGCCGGGACGACGACCACAUCGCGCACAUCAUCGAGCUGCUCGGGCCCAUCCCGAAGCGGAUCGCGCUGUCCGGCAAGAACUCGAGCCACGCGUUCAACUCGAAGGGCCUGCUGAAGAACAUCUCCGGCCUGAAGCCAUGGGGCCUGGUGGACGUGCUGAUCGAGAAGUACGAAUGGUCGGACGAGGACGCGUUCGAGUUUAGCGACUUCCUCAAGCCGAUGCUGGACUACGAUCCGCGAACGCGUGCCACCGCCGCCGACUGUUUGCGCCAUUCGUGGCUGAACCACUGAGCCGCACCGCCGGUGCCCAUCGCUGGAGUGCGGUGAGCUGCGGGUAGAUGCAGUCGCCAAACCUACUACAUGACCCAGUGUGUAAGCCAGUGUGUUGAGGAGGAGGAGAAGGAGAGAGUGCCGUCGACGUCACUCUUGCUUCCCUGCCAGUGGCCUGUUCGCUUCUUCUGGUUUGAAUCGAUUCGUGUUUUUUUUUGGCUGAAUUCGUGCGUACGGCAAUGAGUAUGUGCGCAAUGUCUAAACAUGCCAGCAUGUGUGAGCAGUGAUGGUAAAACAAAAUUGGCAAAGGCAAAUGGGGGAAAAUCAAAUCGUUUUGUGCGUAGUAGCGGAAAGCAAACAGCGAGAAGCUCAAAGGUAGUAGUAGUGUGCGUGGAAGUGUGUGGAAGUGUGGAAUGCAAGCUGCAAGCUGGUGCAGUACGUGUGCGUGUCUGGUGUGUACGGUGACCAUUGAAUUAUUGGGCAACAAUGCAGAAGAAAGAAUAACCUCCCCGUGCCGCUCUCUCGUGCGGGCAAGAAAGGCGCCCCAUUGCAACAAAUCAACCGAUCGGUCAGCAAGAAAGAAACAAUCGAAUCGGGUUGAUUUGUGAAGAUGAUUGUGCUUGUGUGAAAAACAAAAGUAAUAAGAGUAAUAAACAACUAAGAAGCACUUGACCCAUAAUGCUGUGUAGUACUGUGGAGCAGCGGGCCACAGCCGGCCGUGAGCGUCGGAGCAGCCUGGUGGCGAUGGAAUUUGUAAUAUAGUAGCGGAGACGGAAGCUCUGAAAUGCAGUUUAAUGUAGGAAUAAUAUCCCAAUAUCCCCGCAUGAAACGAUCAGCUUUACAAGUUAGAACAAUAGAAGGAAAAUAAGGAAAAACUAAAACAUCAAUGUGCCGUGUGUGCCCUCCCUUCAACUCCCUCCCCCACAGUUAGUGAACCUACAGGCGGAACUGGAACAAAGGAAGUGUGAAUAGUGUGAAGUGAAAAAAAGAACACAAGCUCGAAACCCUCUGCAUCACCACAAUCAUCUCAGCAAUAGACGGUCAGUUCAGGCAUGAAAACGGGGCGCGAAAUCAAAGAUGCAGGUGCAAAAGAGAAAAGGGUGGGUAAGAGCGGCAAAGCGUAUCAGAGCGAGGGAAAGAGCGGAGCUUAUUCGUUUGAAGCCAGACACUAGAACCGUUGCGUUACUCAGCGAUAGAAGCGAUAGCCCGUGUACAAAUCGAACGGGCGGAACCAGGUAGUGCAACGUUUUAAGGAAAUUGUAGGGAAUAAUUCUAGUUGCUAGAGGAGAGGAGCAGAAGGCAGUAGUAUCUUACACAUGAUUAUUAUUAUUAUUAUUAUUAUCAUUAUUAUUAUUAUAAUUAUUAUUAUGAUUAAUAUAUUAACCGUACAUUAGGCAUCUUUUUAAAUACACCAGCACACACACACAUACAUAUGCAAAACAAUAGUGGCAGUUUAACUGACGAAGAGAAAAAAAAACUGAUGGUCACGUGUGUCCGAUCCGCUUUGCACUGGAAUCCUUCUUCUCAUCCUUGCAAGUAUCCCCCGUUAAGAAGUUUUAGGUACAGCGAACGAAGGAGAAAAAACCAAUGUACUAUAUGCCGUCACAGCGGACCGUUUAACCAGCGCAUGUCAUCUUUCAUUGUUCAUUACCAUCCCAUUUGAAAAAAAAAGAACGUAUCUCGACACACACCAGCAUCAUGCGAUGCUCACGUAUAACCAAAAGAAACCUCUCUCCCUGUCUACGGAAAACUGCAGCAUGAAACUGUGUGCGCGCCGAGCGACGGGCACACAGCGUCGAGCGAAUAUUGGGAGCAAUAUACCAGGCGCCGCAUUUUGUACCGCGUUUACACAUGCAACAUAAUACGCACAUACCGCUCGAAGAAGCAGCAUGGUUUGGCGGUGUGGAUUUUUUUCCCUUCCUACUUCGACGACGAUCCGAUCACGUAGUAGUAGUCCGUCCGUUUAGCGAGGGAGUACGACAGGCACACGCGACACACCCAGACACAGACGCAGACAGCGAGCAACUUUACAAGAGCGAACAAAUCUGCUGUCAAAUAGCUGUAGGACUUUCGCAAUGAUCUCAAGCGCGAUUAGAAUUAUCGUAACCUAGCAAGAAGAGGGGCACGGUCUUGCGCUGACGUCGGUGGUGGAAUGCUGGUGGAUUGCAUACGUGUAGAAAUUCUGUCCUGCGUUUUUUUUUCUCUCAUCCAACUUCUUACCUCACACCGUGUGGUGUUCGCGGGAAUGAAGGUUGCUGGAAAAAAAGGCCUGGCACUGAUGCCAUGUGUUCGGUGGUCUGAUAGUACGGUACAGGAGCAUGUGAAGGAUAAUCACCUGGGUGUGUGGUAGCUUGUGUAUCACCCAGAUAUUGAGUUUUUUUUCUUCUUUUUGUAUUCUCCGCGAUAUUCACUCCUUACAUUGCACCACACAUUGCACCAAAAUCCCUCUCUUCCAAAAAAAAAGGGGUGCGCCUUCAGGUAGCGCUUUACAGGUAGAGCAAAGAAUAAUCUGCAUUUCUCCCGUGGUGUUUUCGUAUGGCUCUGAUGAAGGCUAAUCGAAUAAGUAACGGCCGACCGCUGUAUGCAACCAGAGGAAAGAAAGUUUCACAUGCAUAACCGAUAGGAGAGAUUCGUGUAGUGUGAGCUCUUUAAUCCAGCAAGUAGCUCUAGCAAUUUAGAUAGAGUAAAUACUUACAGAGUUAGUCUCUCUGUCCCUCUGAAAUUUCUUCAUAAGGUUGUGCAUCUCUACUGCAUUGCGAUUCAGGGUGAUAUGUUAUGUUUUAUAUCAAAUAAAACUAUCUUUCAAGCCCACAUUUGGGAUUGUAACUGAGACUACGAUCAUAUUGUGGAGAUAUUUCAAACAUCUCCAGUUAGAAUCAUAAAACUCAUCAGGUGUAUCCCGGAACACAUUUUCCAAUCGCGUUCAUUUACCAGAAAAACAAGCGUACUAAAACAACGAUUUCAUUCGAUUUCCCAAAACUGCCACCAGGGAUUUCCAGUGCACGAUUACUCAGCGGAAGGUUCUAUGAACGCAUGCAAAAUUCGUUCAAAAUAGAAGGUUCAAGCUGUAGUAGUGUAAAUAAUGUGAGAUCAAUCAAGAAAUAAAAAGUAAAUCAAAUUGAAAACGCAAACUACAGCAAAGGAUUGACUUCAAAAGACUUCGUUCAUAACAGCAUCCGCAUUCAUUUAGCAAGCAGCUACUAAUUACGUUCGUAAAUUAAUUACACAUGCAAUCUGGAUCGCUUUUUCUCAUCUACUGGCUAUUUGUGACUUACCGAUCUUCCCUAAUAACAAUUUUGCUGCUAAGAGAUACGGCCAGACCGUCAUCGGCAACCAUCCCUCUUCUGGAACACUGCGUUUCCCUUCUUUUCCAUACCCACGACCAGGGGCCAACGUUUCGAUCAAGAGACGGUUUUGAUAUUGUUACCAAUGCACGAUUUCAUAAUAAGGGAACGUCCAUGCAUUACGUAACGUAAUCAUUUAACGGCGUGUAACGCAAAAGUAAACACGUUAAGGAUGGUCUUUUCACACAUGGAUGCAUAUGCUGGUAAGAAGAUUAGUGAACGCGAUUAAACCUAUCCACUUGUUUGAGCAGAUUGUUUUUCUUUAAUAUAUCAUCAAUGGCAUCAUGCGCUCAAAAUCCAAAUGUUUCAAGGCAAACAUUUUCAAUCUAAACCCAUCUUUAUAACGUUUUGUAAUAGCUUAAAAGCAAUGAAACACGUGUUUUUACUUACGUAGAAACUCAAGCUCCGUUGAUAUGUUUUUUUUCGCAUCAACUUCAUCACUCGUUUCUUACGGUAUUUAAUAGUUUCAUCCAACAAAAACGGAGUCCUAAUUACUAAUUAGUUUUCAAUUUUCGAGUGAAAUUCCUGUCCCUUGAGUAAAGCUCUGUAACACUGAAAGUGUAACCUUCGUUUCCCCGGGAGUGUGGCGUAGUUAAUGGAAGACUUCUUACAGCAAGCCAGUGCAUAAUAAUGGUUGGGUUACAGUAAUGGAGGUUAUUCAGUAUUAAAACUGAUUAACCAUUAGAACUCAUUAAUUUGCAUAGGUAGUGUCAUCAUGCUUUAAGAAAUUGCGAAUUUGGCGUCGUUUCCCAAAUCCAUCAGUUCCACCCUUCAGCUGAUGCUAGAAUCACAAAUAAUAAUUUUGUAUUUAAUUUGCAUGUUAUAGGAUACGAAUUUUGCUCAAUCGCUUAUUUUUUGGUGAUAUGACAUUUUUGUUUGUUUGUGAGGACCUUCAUCAAGAACACAUCUUAGAUACGAAAUUUGUUUUUAACACAGUGGCAUGGAAUCUCUCUUGAAAGCCAUUCUUUUUUUUUGGGACAAGAAAAGGAAGAGGUACAGAUCAAUCUUUAGCUAUCAACAGUAAGGAAAGCGAAUCUUGUCAAUCGCGCUAUCAAAGAUAGUAGUUUAAACCAGUGUGUAUUGUGUGUCAUUCAAAGCAAAACAAACAACAAACAACAGCAUCCUUACGCACAUCAUAUCCACAUCGCAUAGAACGUGAAAAGGAACAAUACAAAUCAUUGUUAAAAUUUAUUACCCCGUAAUAUGUAGCUUGUAAUUAACAUGUAAAUGUUAUGACCAAAAUCCCUACCACCCCGCACACACACACACACCGGCCGAGCGCGUAUCGUCAUUAUCCCGUUGCAGUAUCAAUAUUGUGAGGGAUAACCGCAAAGGACUCAUUAUAGAAGAAGCUCGAAAUAAUCGUUGACCAUAGAUUUCAAUAAUAUUUGUAGCCUAAAAUGUUAAACAACCCAGACAACAACAUUUUGUGUUUCACUGAUUAACGAAAACGCUCUACAACCAAACAGAGAAAUAGAUAGUUUGAUGCACAAUAAACCAGCAAAUUUUGUGCAUCAAACGAUCUAUUUCUCUGUUCACCGAACAAUCUGUUGGCAUUCAUUUACAUUUACCAUCAACAAACUCCUAUCUACUGCAUGUGUUUCAGUGCCAACACUCACACAGUCAGACAGACGGGCACAGUGUACGGCACAACAUAAAUCCCCUUGCCUGUGUCACAUAAUCGCGGGGGGCUUCUGUGUUAAUGUCUAGAAAGCGAAUUGGCCACAGGAUGCCGACAGGAAAGGAACUAUGAACAAUUAAGUAAUUUAUACAAACAAACAAAAAAUCCUAGUGAGUUAAUAAAAAAAAAAACACACAGCAGAAAAUAAGGUAGGAAGCAAUGAAGUGUAGCACGGAAACACUUUGUAAUUUUGAUAAAUAUUUCAAUGUCCGGAGGAGCAUAAUAAAAGUCUGGCUCUAUAUAUAUAUAUAUAAAUAUAUAUGUUGGACAACUAGCAAAGUGAGCGUAAGUUGAAAAAAUAUACAAACAUAUUAAAACAACCAACCAACUGCUGUGUCCCCCGCAACAGUAAGUUGUGCCGUAGCAUUUGUGUGCUGGACGAGCGAAAGCAAGAGGAUUGAAGAAGAUAGAGUUGUAUGUUAAAAAUGGUACAGAAUAUGGAAAUCUAGUUGUUACACAAUAAUCUGUACAAUUCAAUACAAGGAAGGAGAGUUCGGAACAAAUGUGAAGGCUAGAAAGGAAUAGGAAUUACAAAAGAAAAAGAAAAAAACAGUGCGAUCCAACUCUGAAUUCGAAUAAGGAGAGGUGGAAAUAGGGACACAUCUUAGUUGUUUAGUUUGUAUCAUUUUUUAAACCAUCAUUAAGUAAUUGUAAUUGUACGAGCGUUUCACAACAGGAUGUACAUGUACACAAACAAAAAACACACACACACACAUUAUUACACACACCCCCCUACGGAACUCACCUCUCUCACACAUGCUCACAAAAAAGGUACACGGACCGUGUGCGUAUUACACCAUCGCAUAGCAAUGAUCACAUAAUGAAGUUAGUUUUAUUAAAUCUUCCCCGGUCCCCCUCCCACGUUGUCCCAUAUCUUGAUCGCGAAAUGAUGGGUGUAGGGUGAGGUUGAAUUGUUUGACGAUCGCUUAAAACUAGAACGUGAAAAACGGGGCGCGCUCAGUGUGGUUUAGUGCAAAACACUGGGGUAGAAAGAUGCUAGAAAGAUGGAUUUUCGUAGGCGCCAGUGCGCACGAAAAAAAUAAGAUGAAUCGUGCGAGAAACUACAGAAAGACAGAGAAGCAAAGGAUAGAAACACUUGUGCGCGCAGGCAGUCAGGCAGGCAGGAGGGCAGACAGAGGCAGGAAGGGCUGACAAAAACGGUAAACCCGCGUGAGAGGAGACACAUACCGAAAAUAAAAUAAGAAACCGCCGCGUGACGAUCAAUUCGCGCGCAGACAACUGAA